GACAGCCCUUCCGCGACGGCAUAAGAUGUGGUUGUUUUCUGAAAUAUAUGUCUGCUCUUAGAACACUAGAAGCGUCGGGUGAACAGUGGAUUUAACGAUGGGCCAUGCUGUAAAUUGUGGAUAUCGCUGUAUUCCGGUUGUACUGCUUCUUUGCGUAUGGAAUUUAUCUUCGGGACAGAUUAUCUACUUUGUCUCAGAGGAGGUGAACAAGGGAACCGUUGUUGGGAAUAUAUCCAAGGAUCUGAAUCUCAAUGUUCAGGAACUGGAGUCUCAUAUGUUUCAGAUUGUUUCCGGCUCCAACAAGAAGUAUUUUGAUGUGAAUUUAAAGACCGGGGCUCUGUUUGUGAAGGAAAAAAUCGACCGAGAGGAACUCUGUAUGACUAGUGAGAAAUGUUCUCUAAACCUGGAGAUCAUUGCACAGAACCCUCUCAACAUGUAUCGUUUAGAAAUCAAUGUGUUAGAUAUGAAUGAUAACGGACCUUCAUUCCCAAUAAAUGUUCAUACUUUGAAUAUAACCGAAUCCACAUUUCAAGGCGAAAGAUAUCCCCUGCCCAGUGCUGACGAUGCUGAUAUAGGAAAUCAUACAGUGAAAACAUACAAGUUGAGUCCGAAUGAACAUUUCUCUUUGGAUGUACAGAGCGGCAGCGAGCAGAGCAUGUCUGCUGAGUUAAUACUACAGAAAGCUUUAGACCGAGAGAAACAGGCUGUGAUCCAGUUGUUACUGACUGCUGUUGAUGGAGGAACACCUGCCAGAUCCGGGACAUUACAGAUAAUAGUGAAUGUGAUAGAUGUGAACGAUAACAGUCCCGUCUUCAGCAAACAAUUGUACAAAGUACGUAUAGCAGAGAACAUACCAAUUGGCACACAUUUAAUAAAACUGAACGCAAACGAUGUGGACUCAGGUGUAAAUGGGGAAAUCGUUUAUUCUUUGAUAAGCCACGGGAAGGAAAAAACAUUGGACGCAUUUCAAAUGAACAAAGUGACUGGUGAAAUCACAGUUAAAGGAACUAUUGAUCGCGAGGAGAAUGCUGCGUUUGAGCUGCAUGUACAGGCCAAAGACAGGAGUGCUAGUCCUCGCACAACGCAUUGUAAAGUCUUGGUAGAAGUGAUUGAUGUCAAUGACAAUGCUCCAGCGAUCUCAGUAACUUCAAUGAUGAAUGCAGUCAGAGAGGAUGCAAGAUCAGGUACAGCAGUUGGUCUAAUAACAGUGUCUGAUAAAGACGGGGGUGUAAAUGGAAAAGUACACUGUAAAAUAGUAGACUCGGUUCCAUUCAAAUUGCUGUCCUCCUAUAGGAACUAUUAUUCGUUAGUGGUAGAUGGAUCUCUAGAUAGAGAGACUACUUCCCAGUACAAUGUAACCGUUAUAGCUACAGAUGAAGGCAUCCCACCUCUCUCCAGUAACAGUGUCAUUUCUGUUUACGUCGCUGAUGUGAAUGACAACGCGCCUCGCUUUUCAGAAACUAUAUUUAAUGUUUAUCUAAAGGAAAAUAGUCCCUUUGGAGGGCUUAUUGCCAGCUUGACUGCCCAUGAUCCAGACAUGAAUGAAAACACUCAGAUGUCUUAUUCGUUAUUAGGAGGCAAUAAUGGCAAACCCUUGUCUACAAUGAUAAACAUAAACUCAUUAACUGGUGAGAUAUAUAGCAUACAGUCAUUUAACUUCGAAGAAGUGAAUACUUUCCAGUUCCACGUUCAGGCCACGGACUCUGGUGUUCCUCCACUAAGCACCAACGUCACUGUCAACGUUUUUAUCCUGGAUGAGAAUGACAACAGUCCUGUGAUUCUCCCACCAUAUUCUGACCACGGCGUUAAUUCUGAGAACGUUCCCUAUUCUGCUGAAGCGGGAUACUUUGUGGCCAAGAUCAGGGCUGUAGACGCCGACUCUGGUUAUAAUGCGCUGCUUUCUUAUCACAUCUCUGAACCAAAGGGGACCAAUCUCUUCAGAAUAGGAACCAGCAAUGGAGAAAUACGGACUAAGAGACGAAUGAGUGACAAUGACUUAAAAACUCACCUGUUGGUCAUUCUGGUGUCUGAUAAUGGCGAACCUUCACGGUCUGCCACAGUGUCUAUUGAUGUUGUGGUCGUUGAAAGUACAGGUGACACACAGACAACUUUCAGACAGCUGCCUGUAAAGGAGGAGAGUUUCUCAGAUUUAAAUCUGUAUCUGCUCGUCGCCAUUGUGUCAGUAUCAGUGAUAUUUAUACUGAUCCUCAUCAGUUUAAUAGCUGUAAAAUGCCACAGGUCAGACGGCAGUUUCAGCAGGUACAGCUCCCCAAUGAUCACCACGCACCCUACCGGCAGUUGGUCUUACUCCAAAUCUACCCAGCAGUAUGACGUGUGUUUUAGCUCCGACACACCAACGCCGUUUCCACCUGCUGAUGGUGAGCUGAUCAGUAUUAAUGGAGGGGAUACUUUCCAAAGGACGCGAACUCUCCCUAACACAGAGAAGGUAAGGGCAACUAUUCAUUUGGCGCUUUUUUUCAUUGCGUUGUCGUUUGUUUCCCACUGAAAUAUUACUAUUAUCUUGCUUGUACUUUGUAAAUAUUUUCUUAAAUAUGUAAAAAAAAAAAAUAAUAAUAAUCUAUCGCACGAAUUUAAAUCCAUUAUUACUACUAAGACAGUUCAAAUUGUAUUGGUGCGGUUUUGGUUAGCUAAAAAGAAGCUCAAAAUCAAUACGGUACGCUGUUAGGCGUCUCUGUUCAGCACCAUGGACAGCGACAUACGGUUGCAUUGGUUAGUGUAAGUCUCAUUCCAGCUUACAUGUUUUCUCGAUUCAAUUGAUGCAUUGUUAUUAAUAGUCUCCUCUAUUAUAUAAAUAUACCAACCUGUCGAAAUAUAGUAGUUCAGUUGUUUUUUGUAGAAGCAACAAUGGAGCAUUCAGAUUUAUUUUAAACUGCAAAACCAACUAGGAUUGGCUGGCCUUCUCCAGGCUCUCGUAGGCUCAGUCACCAGUAUACUUUUAUUUACAAAGCCAUUUUGGGUUUACCACCAUUUUAUUUUGCCAUUUUUAUUCGUCAUAAAUGUGGUGGGUACUC